GUUGGCGCCACGAGCGGGGUUCGCGCGCGCCGGUGGUUCUCGGCCAUGCUGUGCCGCGCACUGCUCCGCCGCUCCGCGGUGGCGCCCACCGGUAAGUCCUCACCGCUUGCCCUGCAGUAUCUCUUAGAUAACUACCAGUGCAGACAAGAAGAUGACCACCUGUCUUACGGGGAAACAGGAACUCCAGUCCCUCCUUUCGGCUGCACCUUUUCUUCAGCCCCAAAUUUGGAGCAUGUACUAGCAGUUGCAAAUGAAGAAGGAUUUGUUAGACUGUAUGAUACUGAAGCUCAAACUACCAGCAAACUCAUCUUUAAAGAAUGGCAGGCUCACUCAAAUGCUGUGUUUGACCUUGCCUGGGUACCAGGGGAACACAAGAUUGUCACUGCAUCAGGAGAUCAGACAGCCAAAGUGUGGGAUGUGAGAGCUGGUGAGCUUCUUGGCAUAUGCAAAGGUCACCAGUGUAGCCUCAAGUCAGUUGCCUUUUCUAGAUUUGAGAAAGCUGUCUUCUGUACUGGAGGCAGAGAUGGAAACAUUAUGGUUUGGGAUACCAGAUGCAACAAGAAAGAUGGAUUUUAUAGGCAGGUGAAUCAAAUCAGUGGAGCACACAAUGUGGUUGACAGGAACACUCCUUCCAAACCGAAGAAGAAGAGGCAGAACCUAAGAGGACUUGCUCCUUUGGUGGAUUUCCAGCAGAGUGUAACUGUGGUGCUGCUUCAGGAUGAGCAUACUCUUAUCUCUGCAGGAGCUGUUGAUGGUGUGAUUAAAGUAUGGGACCUGCGCAAGAACUACACUGCCUAUCGUCAGGAUCCAGUGCCUUGCAAGUCUUUUUGCUACUCUGGGACCAGUACUCGCAAACUUGGAUAUUCUAGCCUGGUUUUGGAUUCCACGAGCACUGAUUUAUUUGCUAACUGCACUGAUGAUUGUAUCUACAUGUUCAGCAUGACAAGUUUAAAGACUGCUCCAGUGGCUGUUUUCAGUGGGCACCAGAAUUCAUCCUUUUACAUCAAAUCCAGCACCAGCCCGGAUGAUCAGUUCCUAGUCAGUGGCUCGAGUGACUGCAAUGCAUACAUCUGGAAGGUUUCUGAGCCCAGCCUUCCUCCACGGAUACUCCACGGUCACUCUCAAGAAGUUACCUCCAUUGCUUGGUGUCCUUCAGACUUCACUAAGAUUGCCACAUGCUCUGACGACAACACCGUGAGGAUUUGGCGCUUACAACGUCACCCUGAGGAGGAGAAAUCAACGUCCAACAGAACUGACUUGGUGGGCUGGGUCAUUCAGAAGGAACCAGAACAACAACAUGGAGCAGGACCACCAGCCAGUCCACAUAGUACUCCUGCCAAGGCCUUCACCGUGGGCAGCCUCUGCAUUUCCUCGCCACAGCUGGCUGCCUGUGCUCCUAUUCAUUCUGGAGACCUUCCCCUGUCUACAAACACUCCAACAGGCACUCUCAAAACUGAGACAGCCACAGCCUGCACCCCAGCCAAACAGAGUAAAGCCAGCCCAUGCGCUUCUCCCAGACUGAUCUCUUCCUCCAAAAUGUCCAUUAAACGUUGGGUUACAAGGACUCAGUGCUCUUCUCCUCCAGAUGUGAGUAAAAAGGCUCCUUCUCCUAGAAAAGUCCUGCUAGAAGUUACCCAAGGUCUCCUGGAAGCUUCUUCCCCUCCUAAACCCCAACACUCACAGUUUGAAAAGCGUGCCAAGAGAAGGCUUGACUGCAGCAAGGAGGACAUUGCAGUACAAAAGUGUCUGCAGGCCUGCAGCUGUGUGACUGAACUGGACCAUGUGGUUGAAAAAUCUAACCUGAAUUUAUGUCACUUGGCUGCAGACCAAAAAGCUUGUGAUGGAGGCUCAGUCAGCCUGGCUGACUUGGAUAACAACCAUGAAAGCUCCAGCUGCAGCCCAAAAGAGCCUUCCUCGCCUGGAAGCCCUAUUAAUCCAUUGGGUGUUCAAACUCCUCCCCAUCUCUUCAGAUCUCCAUGUGGCAAAGACUCUAAGGUAGUAGAUAAAGAGAAUAGUUCACCUGAAAGAAAAAACUGGUUAUCUGCUCUGGGGGAGAAGCUACGGACUGGCAGAGCUGGUAGUCAGAGCGCAUCAAGCAGCCCCCCGGCAUCUUGCGGUCCUGGUGCUAAGCGACAAGAGGCUGUGGGAGCCACUUCACCCAAAACUGCUGCAACCACUUCAGUUUCCAUGAGGAAGAUCUGCACAUAUUUCCACAGAAAGCCACAGAAUGACUGAAGUGGCAUGUGGCAGUUGCACCUGAUGGAUGUUAAUGCUGUGGUAUCAAGACCAGAUUUAGCAAUACCGGCAAUGAUCUACCACAAUUUCAGUUUGUUGUCAGUCAUUCGUAAACUUGAAGGGUUACAAGUGUGGAAUAUCUACACAAUACUUACUAAUAGUCUCUUAGUGACUUCAAAUGAUGGAUUGAUUUUUUUUUAAUAAAGAAAACCAGUGUGUUUUAUACAUGGCAGCUGUUACAGUCCAAAGACAGCAACAGCUCUGCUGCAUUGGUGACGGGCACAUGAAGCUUGUCAGUUACUAAUGUUACUAAUCUGCCUUUGAAAUUUCCUCUACUUAAGCAUAAUGUGUAAAGCAUUACACCUUCCUGAAAAGCAAGUGUUGGAAUGUGUGUAGAGAGACUUACUGGAGAUAGAUCUGAGCCUCUUCGUGCUGAACAACAUUUCUACAGUUACUCCUCUAGUGCCUCCAUGACUACCUGCUUCUCUCUAGGAAGCUAUGAAUGUAUGAAGUAAAUACAAAAGAAAUCUGAAUGCUUUCUCCAUCCAAUAAUGAUUAUAAUCCAAGAGGAGACAAAGUAUAAUUAAGUACUUAAUGCCUGUACUCCUUGCCAUCUCCUUUCUUCUGCCACCCUGAAAAUAACUCUAUUUACUGACUUAGCUGACUUUUGAACCAUCAGCACUACAGCAAGGGCCAUUAGAAAAAAUAUUGUGAUCUAUCUCAAAUAACAGCCACCUGCUUGGUCCCUUUUUACAGAUUCAGCCAAUAGCAAAGGCAUCAAUAGCUGCUUAGAACUUUGUAAGACUUUUAUAAUACAGUAUCUAUAAACUAAUAAUUUUUAAAUUGGGGGGUGACACUUCACAUUUUAGAAAGCACUUGGCAGAUUUUACAUAUUACUAUUAAAUUCUUGGCCAUUGUAAGUUGUCACUGAUGCUGAUAGAACAAGGUCACAGAAAUGAGAGCACUGUUCUGCUUGCUAGUGAUACUAAUUCCUCAGUCUCUCCAGAGGGAACUAGUAGAAAAUCCUUAUCUUAGGCUGGAGCAUUUACUCUGUCUUCUGACAUAAUAGUUUCUACAAACUUCAAAAAACAAAACCUCUGAAUCCCUAUUAAUUUUUUCUCCUGCAAAUUGAGGAAUUUGAAGAGGAUACAAUCCAACUAAUUAAUGUUUUUCAUCUGAAAUUUUCGCACCUACUUUAUAGUAGCAUUGAAUAGUACAGCAGCUGAACAGGGAUUAGAGGAAAACAAGCUGGUUUGUAUUUUAUUGUAGAUUGUAUUUUGCAAGGAAAUAAAUUACUGGAGAGAA